AUUUGUUUAGGGUUUUAAUAAAAUAAAUAAAUAAAUAAAUAAGAGAAAGCAUAAAGCGAAAAGUAGGGUUUCAGUGUCUUGUCUUUUCGCCGCAGAGCUUGAUUGAGAUCUUCUCUUUCUCUGUCCACCGCAACCAAAGAAUGGAUUCUCAAAUCAAGAAUGCUGUUGUUGUCAAGGUAAUAGGUCGUACUGGUUCUAGAGGACAGGUGACUCAAGUUAGGGUCAAGUUUAAUGAUGAUUCGAACCGUCACAUCAUGAGGAACGUGAAGGGACCAGUUAGAGAAGGAGACACCCUCACCCUGCUUGAGUCUGAAAGAGAAGCAAGAAGGUUGCGCUAGAGAAACUCAGCGGUUUGGUCUGGUGCAGGAUUCAAUAAACAUUUGUUUUUUGGGGAUUAUUUAGUAGAUGUCAAAUGUUAUUGUCAAACACUUCAAUUUUGCACCUUUUAUUUGCUUGAAUUUUUAAUAAAAUUUUACUUUUAUUUGAUA